GUUAGGGAGGGGAUGGUAGACACGUACAGUACUACAGGAGCGUGGCUCGGUACAUUCACUAACUAAGGGUUAAGGAUCGUAGGUUGGCAGGUUUGUGAGUCUGCAUCAUCAGUAUCUGGAGCACAGGCAUUUUGUGCAAGCACACUGACGGCCGUUUUUAUCUCCUCUUCUCCUUCGUGACUGCUAACUUAGCAGAAAUAAUUACAUAAAAUAGAGCAGUCAUGGCUCCCAAGCACGGAAGGAAUAACACAGGUUCAAAAAGAGCCAAGGCAAAGGAUUUCCGUUAUAACUUGUCAGAGGUGCUUCAAGGGAAACUUGGAGAUUACGAUGCAGAUGGGGAUGGAGAUUUCGACAUAGAGGAUGCCAAAGUUUUACUAGGACUGAAAGAGAAAUCUGUCCCGGAAGAAGGCUCUGAAGAUAUAGAUGAUCCAGUGUUGCAGGCAUCUGAUAAACCAGGUAUCAAAGAUGACCUUGAAGAAGCAUUUGAAGCCAGUUUCCGUGAAGUACUGUCUGAAGAUGAUGGUGAUGACGAUGAACAUGAUGAAGAACCAGCAGUUGUGGAAGAAACAGAGCAAGUAACAGAACUAGAGUUAGAGGAUGCACUAGAGACAGACAACAUAGAUGUAGAGAUUGAAGAACCUAAAAUCAUUGCGACAAAAGUGCAAAAAGAAGAACUGCAAAUUCAGGAACAGCCAGAAGUUGCUGAAGAACAAGAGGAAGAGUUGGAACCAGUGGCUAGUGAAGAAGAUGAUGAGGUGGAUGAAACAGCAGCUACAGAAGAAAAUGAGGAAGAGACAGAAGUUGUAGAAGAUGCAGUAGAAGAGCCAGAACAUGUAGCAGUUGAAGAGUCAGUAGGUUUGAAAGAUGCAGAGGAGGAACCUGAGUUGGCAGAUGAGCCAGCAGUUGAGGAAGAUUUAGAAGAAGCAGAACCUGCAGGUACUGAAGCUGCUGAAGAACCAGUGAUUGAUGAACUAAGAUAUGUAGAUGAAGAUGAGCAUUACCAUGAAACUGACAUACCUGAAACACAAGAGUAUGAAACCAUUGAAGAAAGUUAUACAACAGAUGAUGAGCCCAAGACACAUGAACCUAUCAGUGAGGAUAAAGAGGAUGAUGAUGAUUAUGAAGUCCAUCACACAGAAGAUGAGCCCCAGGAAGCUGAACCUUUAGCUUCAGAUCAACCAGGAGAUGAACAACCAGAAGAUGAGGAGACAGAGGAAAUUGUUCCAGAAACAUCAGAUACCAUUGAGGAAGAAACAGUUUUAGCUUCCGAUUUCUCAGUUGAUGAUAUAGAAGAGGAUCUGUACGAUACAGCCCAUCUUGCUGAACAAGACACUGAGAAGUUGCAAGAAGUGAAAGAAGAAAGUGCAACAGACCCAGUAGAAGCAGAAAGCGUUGUUGAAACUGAAGAAGUCAGAACAAAUGAACAGGCAGCUGAAGAGAACACUUUGUCUGAGGAAGAGAAAGAAGAGUCAGCAGAUACUUAAGGAGUUGAUAAAGACUGCCCCUACAUCAAGAGGACCAGCCCUAACCAAAUUCUUCACAAGGGGAGCAGACGGUUUAAUAGAAACCAUGAAGUAAAUUCAAAGCAGUUCCUGACGGGAGAGAACACUAAAAUAGACGUUGCUUUUAGUUUUGUUAUUCGGAUACACUUUUUAAUAACUUUUUAUGGGUUUUUUGUUGUUUGUUUUUUGUUGUAGAGUUCUGUUUCCCCAUCAUUCCUGUUAAGCAAAAAUGCUGUGUUUUUAUAUGCAAUUUGUGUGUUCUUACAAGACAUUCUAUUUAUAAACUUGGAGCCGUGGGUUUGUUAGAUGUUUAUAUAUAUAUAUGUAUCUUAUUCUGUGGGUACGUACGUGAACCUUCUUAGGAUCUGCUCAAGCUAAUUACAGUGUGUAAUUUAUAAUAGAAAAUGAAAUGCUUUUUUGGAACACUAACAAAGAUCUAAAUCAUGAAAGAUCUUUAUUCAUUUUUAAAAAAUGACUGUGCUGUGAUUUGCUGCUCUGUGGUAUAAUUUUCCAGCAGAUUUUUAUCAAAGUAAGAAAAUGGAUUUAAAUGAUAAAAUUAUGUUAUUCCAUUAAACUUAAAGGGACAAUGUGCUAAAAAAAGAGAGCUUAAAUUAGACAUAUUUGUGUGUGUGUGUGUGUGUGUGUGUGUGUGUGUGUAUAUAUAUAUAUAUAUAUAUAUAUAUAUAUAUAUAUAUAUAUAUAUAUAUAUAUUAAGCAAAACCGUUUUAAUUUUCAAUAGAUACUAGCACAAUUGGUUCUACUGUAUUACUGUUCACUGGCUGAGUGGCACAGUUUCCUGAACAACCAUUACAUGCCAGGCAUAAAAAAAGGUUAUUGUAGUGAGCACAGGAAAACUAACACUUUUAGAUGCACAAAAAGUGGGUGCAAUGUCCCUUUAACAUUCAGUAGGUCUUGCAGCCAAAUGAGCUGACACACUAACUUUUAAUAUUCCUAACAAGCAGAAUAAAUUGCAUAUGUUUAAAGAACUGAUAAAUCUGUAGAGGUAAAAAUUGGAGUAGUCUAAUUUAUUUUAACAUAAAAUAUGGCAAUAAUAUGCAUUGACAAUCCUACUUUCUUUAACAGUUUCUGAGGAAACAUACAACUCAAUUCUGAGUUUAAUAAAAUGUUUCUUUGUUUUGUACUGAUCUUUCAUAAUUGGGCUGCAUAGUACUCAGGGCUCUAAAGAUACAGAAAUGUGGUAUGAAUGACAUGUUCUUGGAACACUAUUAAUUACAGCACCAUGUAAGAUAUACAAUUGAUGAUCUAGUAGAUAUUUUAUUACUGUGAAAAGUAGUGUAUCUUUGGCCCUUUAAAUGGGCUGCGAAAAAUUGAGUUCUGUAUAAAAUUGUUGUGCUUUGCGGUUCCAUGACAUAAGCUGUAAACUCUUCUACACUGGUGUUUUAGGAUUUGCCCUUAUGGCUAAACCAUGUCUUUGCUGUUAAUGGCAAAGAGAAAUGUUAUAUUUGUAAAUGAAGACUUGAAAAAAAAACCACCCUGUGUUAUGGAGAGCAAAAAAGAAUAUAAAGUGUAAAUGGGGAAUAUCUUGUAUCUUAUGUUUUAUCUUUUCAUUUUGUAGUUUCUUUAGAAAAAAAAAAUGUUUGUGCGACUUUCCUUCAAUAUGUGAGGAAGCAAUAAUCUUCCAAAGAUGUGAUUUGUUCUUGCUUGGAGCAGGUGUUUGUAUUAAGAAAAUAUUUUAUUACAGAGCCAUAUUUUGUGUGCGUAUUCUAGGGUGCAAUUAACCAAUUACAUUGUCUGCAAUAAGCAAUUUUGUAGAACCAAAAGAUAGCAAUAUGGGAAGUUAUGAAUAAAUUCUGCUUUUAUUUUGUACAUGAGAAUCUAAUAAUUGCUGACGAGUUUUAAGGAUGCAUUGUGCUGUGAUUUUAAGAGUUGUAAUUCUAUAACUAAUUUUUAAAACCUUUUUGUUUUAUGAAAGUGUGCCAACCUUAAUGAGGUUAACGAGAUUUAAAAAAAAAUUAUAAUUCUUUUGUAUUUGGUCUACAAUAAAAUACAGAAGAGUAA